AUGAUUAAAAAUGGCACUUUAAAGAACAAUGAUUUUUUUUAUGGUUGUGGAUCAGGAUUAAUUGAAACAAUUAUUUUAUACCCAGCAAAUAAAAUUGUCUUUAGGCAGGCUUUACAUGGAUUUCGAAGUUUAGAUGCUUUUUCACAAUUAAAAAAUGAAGGGAUAUUUUUACUUUAUCGUGGUUUACUACCGCCAUUGAUAAUGAGAACUUCAACGAGAAGUUUGAUGUUUGGUACAAAUGAUACAUAUAAAAAUUUACUAGGUUGUGAUAUUAUUACUGGUAACCCUGAUAACACAUUGUCACUUUGUCAUGCAACAGCCGCAUUUUUCGCUGGAGUAACGGAAGCAAUCUUAUGUCCAUUGGAACGUGUCCAAGUUUUGUUACAACAUUCUCAUUAUCAUAGACGGUUUAAAAACACAAAAGAAGCAUUUAAAGAGCUUCGAGUAUACGGUAUAAGAGAAUAUUAUCGUGGUCUUUCUGUAAUUAUAUUUAGAAAUGGAUUAUCUAAUGCUCUAUUUUUUACAUUACGCAAGCCAUUAAAAAAUCACUUAAUAUCUGAAAAUAAUAUGAUUAAACACCCAUUUUAUAAUAGUUUUGCUGACUUUGUUAGUGGAGGUUUACUAGGUGCUACAAUAUCAACUUUAUUUUUCCCAAUGAAUGUUGUAAAAACAAGAAUGCAAAGUAUUGUUGGUUCUCAACACUUAAGUGGUUUAGAAACGUUAAAAUUAGUUUGGAUAGAAAGAGAUAGAAGUUUACAUAAAUUAUAUAGAGGUGUUCAUUUAAAUUUUUUAAAAAGUCUUUUUUCAUGGGGAUUAACAAAUUCCAUCUAUGAACUACUACGAAGUACUUUUGAAUGA